AUGCAGGUUGCUGAGGAUUUCGAAUGCAAUAUCUGCUUCGACUUAGCUCAGGAUCCAAUUGUUACCCUCUGUGGCCAUCUCUACUGUUGGCCAUGCCUCUACAGAUGGCUUCACCACCACUCCAACUCCCACGAGUGCCCUGUUUGCAAGGCUCUAAUUCAGGAAGAGAAGUUGGUACCUCUAUACGGUAGAGGCAAAACACAGGUCGAUGAUCCUCGGUCCAAGUCGUAUCCAGGCAUCACUGACACCCCUCCAAGGCCUGCUGGGCAAAGGCCGGAGACCGCCCCACCUCCUGCACCAGACAACGGUUUCGGUAACUUUGGGUUUGGACCAUUGGGAGGAGGGUUUGCUCCGGCGGCUAGUGGAAGGAUCGGCAACUUCGCGUGGUCAGGUGGAUUUGGUAUUGGUUUGUUUUCUCUGUUCCCAUCAUUGCUCAAUUUCCAGUUCCAUGGAUUCCAUGAUGCUGCUGCCUAUGGAACUGCUCCUGGUUUCCAGCAUGGGUUUCAUAACUUCCAUGGUGGCCAUGCCAAUUGGUUCCCACCACCAAGCAAUCGACAGAACCAGAGUGAUACUGCUUUGAAGAACCUGCUCUUGUUGGUUGGUUUCUUCGUACUCCUCACGCUUAUGUUUGGGUAG